GUUGUCAGUGUUGUCGACUGUCGUUGUCAAAAUUGUCAAUGUCAUCAUACUCGUAGUCGUACAGAAAUAUUAUAAUAGUGUUUCGUGUGUUGUUUGUAGGCCAUUAUGCAAACAAGGAUGACUUUAUUUUAUUAAAUCUACGUUUGGUAUGGAUCUUAAAUUUAAAAUAGGCCUACCUCUUGAAAUUGUUUGGCCACAUAUCGUACCCAAUCUUACAAGACCUAGGCCUAGUCUCUUCAGAAAGGUAAUAUAAGUAAAUAAUAGUUUGAAGAGGCUCACUACGAUACCUAGUUCUAUUAUUUGUCACAUGCAUAACUUAAACAGUUGUUAUUGUCAACUAGGCCUAUAAUCAAAGCAGCUCUACAAUUGAGGGUAUUUGCUGAUUUUACAAUUCCAAGGAAAGUUGGGAAAAUGGUUUUCAAUGAAGUAGAGAGUAUUUCAGAUUUGCUGAGUGGCCAUAGGGUUAUUAUAUACUACAUUGAAGAUGACUCUGGAAACCAACAAGAACUGCACCGUUAUGUAGAAUCUGCCAUGAAGAUGUUGGAAAAGAAAAAUGACGAUUUAAUAGCAUUCAAAAUAAGACAAGGUACUACACAGUUCACUCAGUUUAAGGAACUAUACAGACCAGAGAUAAAAGGCCCGAUUAGUCUCUUUGCUGUGAAUGCAGAAGGAAUCCCUCUAAUUAACGAAGAUGUUGUCAAUGAAGAAACUCUUUGUCAAGCAUUUGACUCAAUCUGUUCAUGCUGUAAACUGAAUGCGGUUUCUAAAAGUGAGAUGACAAAGUUUUUUCGUUUUGACCAAACAUACGUACAUGCCUCAAAUGGGACAGACAAUAAGCUUACAUUCUCAUCUCAAACUCCUAAUGAAUCAUCAUCUUUUGAAAAUAAAAUUCCUUUAGUUGACUCCAGUACCACAAGAAUAAGAAAACGGGACGAAUAUAUUGGAUCUACAUUGACAGAGCUUCAAAUUCGUCUGCCUGAUGGCUCGAAAGAUAAACAAUCUUUUGAAAAAGAUGCUUGCCUUCAAGAAGUUUACAACUUUAUCAAUGUUAAGUAUAACAUGACAAAUUUUGACUUAAAAACCUAUCACCAUGCUGUCUUCUCUUCUGAAGAUUAUGGAAAAAGUCUGCAAGCUCUGGAUUUAACUCCCAAUGGAGUAGUUAUGGUUGUUGAUAAGAAUGUUGCCCAAUUUAAUGGCAAUGGUAGUGUUUCAAGAUUGUUUCAGUAUGCUUUGUCAAUUGUUUUUGGCAAAAUCACCCCCAUGCUGUUAUAUGUUAAAGACUUUUUACUUGGUUAUUGGAAUACAUACUUCUCUCGAAAUAAUAGGACCUCAAGGAGAAUAAACAAUGAAGGAGGAAGCAGUAACUUCAGUGGUAAAUCCUCGGGGUCUAAAAGGUCUACAUCAAAUUUCGGCAAUAUCCACACAUUGAGAAGAAGUGAGGAAUCAGAUGAUGAAAAUAACCGUUACAAUGGGAAUUCGACUCAGCAGAAAUGAUUUCAGCAGAAUUGAUGAAGUAGCUAAUAUUGUAAGUUUUGUAUAAAUUAUUAAAUGUAUAUUACAAGUAUUUUUUGGUCCA